AUGAAGGUGUCUUCAAAUGCUUUGGGUCUCACACCUGAGCAGCGCCGCAUGUAUGCUACCGAGAAGAUGAUGAACUUCAGGCGAAUCUCAAAGAUUAUGGCUACCCGGUCGCCUUACAUCCUCUCUUCCAAGGAUCUGGCGUCUCCGGAGCUCCACGUUGAGCUCUCCGAACUGGGUCAGUUCGCUGAGAUCGUAUACAGCGCUGUGCCAGUCGAAGUCAUCUUCUCCAUGCUGGACAGAUUGGUACAGCCCUUGUUCCCCCUUGAGGGAUACAGCGCCGUCGCGAACUCCAAACUCCUCUCUGCCUUUAAGGGGAAGGUGGCCAACCUACCAGGUUACGUUGCUUAUCGCCCGGAAACGAAACAGCUAAUCCUUGCUUUCUCGGGGACGUCAAGCUUCAUGCAUGCAUUGCAUGAUUUGCGUACUCUUACCCAUCGACACAAAAGUGGUCGCGGAGCGGUGCAUAGCGGAUUCUGGGGGCUGUAUAAGGGCAUUAAGGCUUCUGCCAUCGAGGCCGUGCGCAAAGCUCUGGAAUCAGAAGACGUCGACGAGAUCGUAGUCACUGGCCAUAGCAUGGGUGGUGCCGUGUCAUGUCUGUUGAUGCUCGAUAUUUUACGAGAUGACACUGUCUUUGAUAGACCCACCGUGCCGUUGAAACUCGUAACUUUUGGACCGCCUAGAUGCGGCGAUAGCAAGAUGGGGGAAUAUUGGCGUGAACUGACAGCUUUGCGUCACUCAAAGUAUGGGGAGAAUUCCUUCAAAGAAUACCUCGUCAAAGGUUACAACGACGGGGUGCCUUCUCUCCCUCCAUACAGUAUUGGCUAUCGGCACUUCACACCAAACCCCCUCUAUUUCCUUUGGGGACACCUUUAUCAUAUACCGCCGUCGGAAUCCGAGCACACUUUAUUCGAUUUGCAGCAAGAAGACGCAGCAGAAAAUUAUCUUCUGGACCACCCCCGCGGCGGGCACAAUUACUACAGCGGUCGUGAUCUGGAGAAGUUCGUUCGGCGAAUGCGAUGGCUGGAUAACGCCAUGUCUGGCGAUGGCGACUGGGAAAGUAGGUACAAGAAACAUGUUAGAAAGCAUGAGCAAUGA